GAAAAGGAGUCGUGGGUCGAAUGUGGCGGUUUGCUGUCAUGGGCGACCCGACGGUGUCAACCUUCCUUGUCAGGGACAGUGACAGCAUGAUCAUCGAGCGGCAGGUGAGGGCAGUGCAGGAGUGGCUGGCGUCAGGCAAGGGCUUCCACGUCAUGCGCGACCAUCCUAAUCAUCAUGCGAUCAUGCUGGCAGGCCUCUGGGGGGGACACAACAGGAACCUCUCGCUGCUGAGGAAAGUUCGAGACGACAUCUUCGCUCAGCCCACCAACCUGACCACCAAGUUCGAUCAGUACAUGCUGGCUACGAAGCUCUGGCCGCACAUCAAGGACGACGUCUUGCAGCACGACAGCUACAACUGCCUCCAGGCCGGGCACGAAGGAUCGCUGCCCUUUCCUGUCAAGCGGGUGGACGGCCUCUACUGCGGCUGGGGACCCACCAAGCUGCGGGAGAGGAAGGUCGUCCUGGACACGAGAUGCCCCCUCGAGUGCAGGCCGAAGGAGCACCAGGACUGGAACCACUGCUAGGCGGAGGGCGUUCUGA